AUGAAAUUGAUAGUUGCCUUAAUUGUUAUAUCAAUUGGAAGCGCUUCUACAGAAGAUUAUUAUUACAUGGAAGGUGAAUAUAACAAAGGCUAUGAUAAAAAAAUGACACCUGUUGCUGCGAAUGAAACCGAAUUAAGCCUAAAUGUGACACUUGUCAUAAAGAAUAUUCUGGAAUUAGACAUGAAGCAAGGUAUUCUCGUAAGUCAUCUGAAUCUCGGCAUAAAAUGGCAGGAUAAUAAUCUGAAAUGGGAUUAUUCAAAAUUUACACAAAGACAUAGAGAGGCUUACUUAUCUGAAAUUUGGUAUCCCGAUAUUCAAAUAUGUAAUACCGUAUCAGGUGAUUUCAGUUUCGAUCCGUACAAGGAAGUCACUGUCAAACAAGAUGGGUUCGUUCACUUACAUAUAGACAAAAUAUUUAAAAUAUACUGCAGGAUUAACGUUAAAUAUUAUCCUUUUGAUGUGCACGAAUGUGAUGUAUCUGUUUGCCUUGAUCAUCAGAUAUUUAUGGACGUAAUUAUAGAGGAUUUUGAUUUUGAUAUAAAAUUGAAAGCUAAAUCAAAUCAAUGGGAUUUCACUUUUACUGAGACUGAGAAGGAAACUAAGGAUGUUAUGGCAGUUGGUCUUACACUUCACGGCAAGAGAAAGGUUAGCAGUGCAACAAUAACAAAAAUUAUACCCCCAAUAAUGUUAACAUUAUUGAUCCUUUCCGUUCAUUUAUUGCCAGCUGCAUCUGGAGAGAAAGUGUGUGCUGCAAUAACUAUUUUUCUUACAAACAUCGUUUUCCUUUCUGAAACUGAAAAAAUAUUGGGCAAUAAUUCACAGGAUCCCUCUUUAUAUCUAAUAUAUCUUUUAAUUCUGACAUUUGUCAGUGGAUGUUCCUCUAUCGAAUCGGUAUUUGUGUGUAAACUUUAUGCCCAACAGACUGGAGCAGACAUCAAUUUAACUCCAGAAAUUACACGUGAAUCCAAAAGAUCCAGAAAUAGGGUUAGUGUCAUAGAAACCUCAGAUGGACAUAAUAUUGAAGUAAGAGAUGUAAAUAUUUCUAAAAGACAUUUUAUAAACUAUCAGAAGCUAGACAAAAUAUUUUUGUCAACAAUUGUUAUAUUCCUUUUAGUAUUUUAUAUAUUUUUUGCUGUGUCGAGUUCUUAG